UAUGUCCAGGCUGAAGGUCGGGCUCCAGGUGGUCGCUGUCAAAGCUCCGGGCUUCGGAGACAACAGGAAGAAUCAGCUGAGGGACAUGGCCGUCUCCACCGGGGGCACCGUGUUCGGAGAUGAGGCCGUGGGUUUGGCUCUGGAGGACAUCCAGGCUCACGACUUUGGGAGGAUCGGCGAGGUGCAGAUCACCAAAGACGACACGCUGCUGCUGAGGGGAGGCGGCAACCCGGCUGAGGUGGAGAAGCGCGCGGUGGAGAUCGCCGAGCAGCUGGAGAACACCACCAGCGACUACGAGAAGGAGAAGCUCAACGAGAGACUCGCCAAGCUGUCCGACGGAGUGGCCGUCCUCAAGGUCGGCGGAACAAGCGAUGUGGAGGUGAAUGAGAAGAAGGACCGCGUGACGGACGCCCUGAACGCCACACGGGCGGCUGUGGAGGAGGGCAUCGUACCGGGCGGAGGCUGCGCCCUGCUGCGCUGCAUCCCGUCGCUUGACACCAUCAAAACUGCCAACGCUGACCAGAAGAUCGGUGAGUGAAACACGCGCACAAAUACGCCAAAACUGCUGGAUUUUACUAAUAUUUCUCUUUUACGUCUUUCUGGAAUAAAACACUUUUUAGCUUUCUGGUCGUAAAUGCAGUAUUUUUUCUGCUGUUGCACGCUCGCAAUCUUUCAUAUUCUGACAUUGAUCUUUUACUUCUUGUAACACUUUUAAAAACUGAGCAAAUGGCCCA